AUGCUUGUAUCAGAGCAUAUCUUCGAAGAAAUGGAAGAGAAGAAAAACUCACCACCUCAUGGCUUGCUCAAACAAAACAACAUGAUCCUCAGAUUUCUCAUGGUCCUACUCUCUAGUUGUGUUAUUAACAGGAAUUACCUUUGCUCUACCCAUCCUAUGGUCACCCCUACAGUUUCUCCUCACUCUGGUUCCUCAAAUAUUACAGCAUCACUGGAAGCAUUGAGACUUGAUGGGCAUCUUAGCUUCGACAACAUGCACCAUGCAGCCAAGGACUUUGGCAACAGACACCACUUUCUUCCUUCAGCAGUUCUACACCCAAAAUCGGUUUCUGAUAUUUCCUCCACCAUAAAACAUAUUUUUGAAAUGGGCACCACUACAGGGCUCACAGUGGCCGCCAGGGGCCAUGGCCACUCGCUAGAAGGUCAAGCACAAGCCUAUCACGGAGUUGUCAUCAAUAUGGAAUCACUUCAAGCACCAGACAUGUAUUUUCACAUUGGGGAACUGCCUUAUGUAGAUGCCUCUGGUGGUGAACUGUGGAUAAACCUUCUGCAUGAAAGUGUUAAACAUGGCCUCACGCCAAAAUCUUGGACAGAUUAUCUUCAUCUCACUGUGGGAGGCACUUUGUCUAAUGCCGGAAUCAGUGGGCAGGCAUUCCGGCACGGUCCCCAGAUCAAUAACGUCUACCAGCUAGAGGUGGUCACAGGAACAGGGGAGGUGGUCACCUGUUCAGAGAAGAAGAAUGCUGACCUCUUCUACGGUGUUCUAGGCGGACUAGGACAGUUUGGCAUCAUCACCCGGGCAAGAAUUUCUCUAGAACCGGCACCUAUGAUGGUGAAGUGGAUUAGAGUGCUCUACACAGAUUUUUUCUUAUUUUCCAAGGACCAAGAGCAUCUAAUAUCGUCCAAGAAUUCUUUUGACUAUAUAGAAGGAUUUGUCAUCAUAAAUAGAACUGGUUUAUUAAACAACUGGAGAUCAUCUUUCAAUCCAAAAGACCCAGUUCAAGCCAGCCAGUUCAAUUCUGAAGGCAGAACUCUUUUCUGUCUAGAAAUUGCCAAAUACUUCAAUCCAGAAGAGACUAAUUUUAUGACCCAGAAAGUAGACAGCUUAUUGUCAGAAUUGAGUUACAUUAAGUCCACACUCCUCUUGUCUGAAGUCUCAUAUGUAGAAUUCCUGGAUAGAGUGCAUGUUUCCGAGCUGAAACUCCGAGAAAUGGGGUUGUGGGAGGUUCCACACCCAUGGCUGAAUCUGCUCAUUCCCAAAAGUAGAAUUCAUGACUUCGCCAAUGAAGUUUUUGGAAACAUUCUUACAGAUACAAGCACUGGUCCUAUACUUAUCUACCCGGUUGACAAAUCCAAGUGGAACAAUAGGACAUCUAUGGUAACCCCUGAGGAAGAUGUUUUCUACCUAGUCGCAUUCCUAUCUUCUGCAAUGCCAUUUUCCAAAGGAACAGAUGGUUUAGAACACAUUUUAAACCAAAACAAAAGAAUUCUGGAUUUCUGUAAAUCGGCCAAUCUUGGUAUGAAGCAAUACUUGCCCCAUUACAUCACUAGGGAAGAUUGGAAAACUCAUUUCGGCACUCAAUGGGAAGUCUUUGUUAUGAGGAAAUCCACCUAUGACCCUUUGGCAAUCCUAGCUCCUGGCCAGAGAAUUUUUCAAAAAGCCCGAAGGAGUUUCAGUGACAUUGGUCUCCAGAAUAACCAACAUAAUAUACAGAGCUCUAAAGGAAGAUAG